GAAAAAGUGUUCUGUUUUCGUCAAAAUUCAAACAAUAUAUGAAAUUUUUUUAACAAAAACGGAUAUAAAUAUCCCGUGAAUUUCGAAACAGUAUACACAACUCAUUCAUUCAACAUGAAAUUCACAAUAUCGUUCCUCCUUACCCCCUUGGUCUGUGCUCUGGCAUGCAAUCCCUAUGGAGAUAAUAAAGCAACAUGCAAUGCUGGAAAUUUGAUGGCUCCCAUUCGUAAUUUUGAUGACCCCACUCGUUAUUGGAUGUGUCGCGGUGCUAAUGUCGAACCUGAAACGGUGCGUUGUCCCGAUACCGAACUUUUCGACUCGUCCAAGGGUGCAUGUGUGCCGUGGAAUGAAUGGGUCUGGUCGCCACCGUGUCCAGAAAUAUAAUAUUUUUUUCAAAAUGUUAUUGUUUAAAGUUUUAAUAAAAUAUAAGCCAAGAGCUUAAAGCAUAUAA